AUGCAGCUGUUUCUUUUAUCACUUGUUGUCAUUUGUGGUACAAUCCUGUACCGGAAGUAUCAGAAGAUGUACAAAUUUGCGGAUAAUAUAGAAAAGAUGCAGUCGUACGUUCCGAUUCUCGGCCAUUCGUUACUGUUGCUGGGCAAAUCGCACGAAAAAAUCUUUAAAAUAUUAAACGAUGCGUUUCUCAAGCACGAUCGUUUAUAUCAAAUGAGGCUUGGAUGGACGCUGUUCGUCUCUUCAUCUCAUCCCGAUAUUAUACAUGCAGUGUUGGAUAAUCCCAAGGUGAUGAACAAGGCUCCACAGUAUGCAUUUUUCAAUGCAGACUUUGGGAUAUUUACAAGCGCUUAUCCUCUGUGGAAACAUCAGCGGAAAAUGUUAAAUACUUCGUUCAACAAACGCAUCCUAGAAAGUUUUAUACCGUUGUUUGACAAAUGUGCAGCAAAAAUGAUCAACGAAAUGAAGCGAGAGCCAAAUCUUAGCCAGGUUAAUGUGAUUACGCACGCAAGUCGGUGUACGCUUGACAUGGUUUGUGGUGCAACUCUCGGUGCAGAUAUUUUGGACGAUCCGGAAGCAAACAAAUAUGUUUCAUACGUAGCAGAAGGACUCGAGAUUGUGACUGCACGUAUCUUCAACGUACUAAAGCAUCCUGAAUUUAUAUACAAGCUUACUAAAGACUAUAAGCUAGAAAUGCAAUACCGCGAAGAUUUCACGAGAUACCUGCGUACAAUAAUUGAUCGAAAAAAAAGCUCUAUCUUGGUGGAAGAUGCUAAAAACACAGUACAAGAAGAUGAAGAGAUUUCAUAUAGAAAACCUCAAAUAUUCAUCGAUCAUCUACUUAGAGGAAAACGUGCUGGACAACCUAUUUCGGAAAUCGAAAUUUUGGAUCAAUGUAUUACGAUCAUUAUAGCGGGAAAUGACACGAUGGGAUUAGCCGUAUGCAAUAUACUAACACUGUUGGCAAUGCAUCCAGAUGUGCAGGAAAAGGUUCGAGACGAAAUUAUCAAUAUUUUCCCAGCCGACACAACCAUCGAAACGACUCCAGAAGCAUUAAACGAGCUGGUUUAUUUGGAGCGAUGUAUCAACGAAGGGUUGAGGUUAUGUCCUUCCGGUCCAAUUGUGGCUCGGGUUUGCAGCGAUGACGUGGAGGUGGAUGGCAAUAUCAUACCGCGCGGUACAUCCUUUUUGUUCAGCUUCGCCGCAUUGCACCGGCGAAAGGACCUUUGGGGACCGGAUGCAGACCAAUUUGAUCCGGAUCGGUUCCUGCCUGAACGCUCGCUCGGACGCCAUCCCCAUGCGUUCGAACCGUUCAGCAUGGGUUCGAGAGAUUGCAUUGGCAAACGAUACGCUAUGAUGGGGUUGAAGCUUCUGUUUGUUCACUUGCUGAGAAGCUUUCGCUUUCACACGGAUCUGGAGUUCGACAAGAUGGAGUUUAAAUUCGAUAUUACGUUAAAUCUUUCGCAGGGGUACAUGUUUCGCAUUGAGCCAUUUAAAAGGUUCCAUUCACAGAACAGCCUUCGAAAAGUGACGCUGGUCUUCAAACGGCAGGAGCCCGAAGUUCAAAUCACAUCCGGACAGUUCCCCAUAGUGAGGACGAACAAUCAGACUACGUGGUAUCGGCAGUCUAGAUCGAUGAAAAUGUGGUUGCUGUUGUUUACGUUGGUGAUUGCGAUUGUGGGACUUUUACACUGCUGGAUUCUUCAGCGGCAUAGGUUCGCGAACCAUCUCCCAAACAUGCAACCGUACUAUCCCAUUAUCGGAAAUGGGCAGUUAUUUAUGGGAAAGUCGCGUGUGAAGCUGUUUAACGUGCUGAUGGGUCCGUUUAAGGAAUUUCGUGGAUGGUUUAAAAUAUGGCUUGGCCCUAAGUUAGUGCUGUGUACGUCCCAUCCAGACAUCAUGCACGCAGUGCUUACACAUCCCGACUGUCUGGAGAAGCCAUUUUUCUAUGACUUCAUCAAACUAGAGCACGGAAUAUUUGCUGGACACUAUCAUCCGUGGAAAACUCAACGCAAAGCGCUCAACCCGGCAUUCAACACACGUAUCCUGCACAGUUUUAUCCCCGUGUUUGUCCAGUGCGCCAAGCUGAUGGUUGAAAAUAUGGAGAAAAGCAUCAACGAAGGUCACAACUCGCUGUCCAUCUUUCCGUUCAUAAGCAAGUGCACGCUGGAGAUGGUUUGCGGUACUACAAUCGGGUGCGAUGUAAUGGAGCAGCCCGGCAAGGAAACGUUUAUAGAAAAUGUGGACCGAUGUUUCGAACUGGUAGCAAAACGGAUGCUGAAUAUUCAUCACUAUGUAGAACUUCUGUACGGAUUUACCAAAGACUGCUUGGAAGAAUCUGAACGGCGUACUUCCUGUUACCGUUUCUUCGAGUCGGUCAUAGAAAAAGCCAAAUCGCGCAUCCAAUCAACCGAAGUCGUUGAUGAAUCUACGGCAUACAAAAAACCACAAAUAUUUGCGGACCAGCUCUUAUCAGUUAAGCACAAUGGAAAUCCUUUUACAGACAUAGAAAUCACACAUAACAUCUACUCGAUGAUAGCAGCGGGGAACGAUACCACUGCGCUACAAGUUACCCAUACCUGUUUGUUUCUGGGCAUGUUCCCAGACAUUCAGGAGCGAGUGUAUCGUGAGGUGAUGGAGGUGUUUCCCGACCCUGAACAGGAUAUUACGCUGGAGGAUCUUAAGAACCUCACAUACAUGGAGUGUGUUAUAAAGGAAAGUCUGCGGCUAGCACCGUCAGGACCCAAUAUUGCGCGCCAAACGAUGAAAGACAUAGAAAUAGCGGAUCUACGCAUUCCGAAGGAUAGUCUCAUUGUGAUGAGCAUAUUCUCCAUGCAACGUCGUGAAGAUGUUUGGGGACCUGAUGCGAACGAAUUUGAUCCCGAUCGAUUUCUACCGGAACGGAGUGUUGGUAGAAAUUUGAACGCCUUCGUACCAUUUAGUGCUGGGUCGCGGAACUGUAUCGGCGCGCGCUACGCGAUGCUCAGCAUGAAAGUGAUGUUGUCGAGUGUACUGAGACGAUUGCGUUUACGAUCAAACAUGCGUAUGAAGGAUUUGCAAUUUCGGUUUGAUUUAACGCUAAAGCUUGAGUCGGAUUAUGAGGUGGUUAUAGAAAAGCGUGCCUAA